AUGUACUAUAAGUUGAUAAUGUUAAACUGCUCUCCAGUAAACCGAAUUUUAAGAAAGUACAUUCGCGUCUUUACAAAUGUAAAAUCUCAUGUCGGUUCUUUGGAUAAUAUUCAACACGGUGGUGAUGUUAAAAUAUUUGAUGAAAAAUUAAAAUUUAGAGAAUUAGCUACUCCAAAAAUAAUUAUUCAUUCUUCCACCACUUCUAACGUUGAUUCUUCGGUUAUCGCUGAUGAUAAUCGUCCUCCCUCACAUGAGGAAUAUCAGACUUUAUAUAAUACUCCUCAUACGCCUGUUAUCGAAGUGAUGUUUCCUAUUAUGGAACGUUUCGAAGCAGAAGAAAUACCAUAUCGUCAAAAAUGGAUUUCAUGA